CGAACUGGUGUUAGCAGCCGCUUUGGACCGUGAGAAGCAGAGCUCCUUUCAGAUGGUGCUGACGGCGGUGGACGGCGGGGCUCCAGCGAGGUCGGGGACGGUGCAGAUUCGCGUGAACGUGACCGACGCCAAUGACAACGCGCCCGUGUUCAGCAAAAGCGCGUACGAGGCGCGAGUGAGAGAGAAUCUGCCGGCGGGGUCGCUGGUGCUGCGGGUCCGCGCCACGGACGCGGAUGCGGGCUCCAACGGCCGCGUCUCCUACUCCUUCAGCAACGUGCCGGCGGCGGUCCGCGCUGUCUUCAGCAUCGGCAGCGACAGCGGCGACAUCCGGAGCGAAGGGAUUCUGGAUUUUGAGGAGAGGCAGGAGUACACCUUCGGAGUGGAAGCGAGGGACGGGGGCGGGCUCAGCGGUCACUGCCAAGUCCGCGUAGAGAUCACCGACGAGAACGACAACGCGCCCGAGAUAACGACGUUGUCGGUGUCGAGCCCGGUGCCCGAGGACUCCCCGCCCGGCACGGUCGUCGCGCUCCUCAAGGUGCGGGACCGGGACUCCGGCGAGAACGGGAAGGUGUGGUGCGAGCUGGAGGGCGAGACGCCGUUCGCGAUGGUGGCGUCGCCGGGCAGCUCCUACAAGGUGGUGACGGCGAGCGCGCUGGACCGGGAGCGGGCGUCCGAGCACAACGUGACGGUGAUGGCCCGCGACGGGGGCAGCCCGGCGCUCUGCAGCCGCACCGCGCUGGCGCUGGCGGUGUCGGAC